UAAUAUACUUAAUCUGGGUCUGCAGCACAUUGAACAAUUACCCAGAUCAUGAUGGAAAUCAACCGCUAUACAAUAAACUGUAGAUCAGAAUGUUCCUUAAAAAGCUACAUUUCAUAAUAUACAAUGUCAUGAUUUGACACCUGAGCUGAGACCUGAAUAGGACACUUUGAAUUUAUCUGAACAAUGUUAGUUGUCAUGAUUUGAAGAUAGAAUCCUUAAUUGUAACAAUAACAAAGCGGUUGCCCUGCCUGUUUUGGCAAAAGCUGAAGGUUGGGCCUGGAGAAAUGUAACCACUCAAAUUACUGACCAUACAUGAUAUAUAAAUAAUAGUUAUAACCAUGUUUUGAGGCUGUAAAGUGUUUUACAUUAUGUUGUUUACAAACAUUGGCAUAAAACAAGAUAAUAUUUGGGGUUUUGAUGGGGUACAACAGUUAAUCAAAGCUCAUCAGGCUUAUAACACUGAGUAUACCAAACAUCAGGAACACCUUCCUAGUACUGAGUUGACUCCAAUUCUUCCGACGGUUGUGUCAAGUUGGCUGGAUGUCCUUUGGGUGGUGGACCAUUCUUGAUACGCAUGUGAAGCUGUUGAGCGUGAAAAAAUUAUCAGCGUUGCAGUUCUUGACACAAAACGGUGCCCCUAGCACCUAUUACCAUACUCAGUUCAAAUGCACUUACAUUUUUUGCCCUUUCACUCUCAGAAUGGCACACAUACACAAUCCAUAUCUCAAUUGUCGCAAGGCUUAAAAAUCCUUCUCUAACCUGUCUCCUCCCCUUUAUCUAUACUAAUCGAAGUGGAUUUAACAAGUGACAUUAAUAAGGGAUCAUAGCUUUCACCUGGAUUCACCUGUUCAGGCGAUGUCAUGGAAAGAGCAGGUGUUUUUAAUGUUUAGUAUAAUCAGUGUAUAAAUUGUAUUCUUGAAGAAUCAAUGGGUUUAUAUCAUUAAUUUAUAAGUCCAAAAAUGUAUGUAGCAAAUAAGGAUUCUAGCUUUAAAGUACACUGCUAGAAAUAUUUGUAUUAACAUAAUAACAAUUAAAACACAAUUACUAUUGCUUGUGGUAGCUAAUAGCAUCUGAGCACCUCGACCCCGGCUCUCAACAGCAUCCCUAUUGGCUGACAUUUGACCCGAGCCACCGUGCCUUAGUAGGGAGCAAAAUCCAAAUGGCUGAAGAUCACAAAGUCUUGGUAGUAAGAAACAUUGGUUUGAGGGAUAUGAAAAGGAAUGCAGGUGGAACACAUCUCAGACUCAUUUGUAUUGUUUCAUUUUAAAUGGGUAGCCUAAGUUGACUGAAAUCCAUCUGCAAGAUUCAGUGCAUUAAGGUAUAUAUUUCUUGAUCAUUGAUCUUCUGGGACCAGAUCUGUGUAGUUGGUGAUUAGUAAAGUAGUUUUACUGUACUUAUCUUCAAUAGAGACCCUGUAAAGAACUUUGAGACAGAAAGCCUUUCUAAACUGCAUCUUCUAAUUUCUCAGAGGAAAUGAGAGAGUUAUUGGGCCAAUACAUCUCAGACACCCUCAGCUAUGUCCACACAGUGAAGGAAUUCUGUGACAGGCAUCCAAGGUGGAUCCUGCAGAGAAAGGAGGAACAAUCCAAGAUGAAGAACAUCAAGGAAAUGUCUUGAAUGCAGAAGACAAGACCAAGGCAUUAGGAGAGUUCACGAAAGACUAUCUGACCCAGGUGACUGCAAACCGUAGGCUUAAGGAGCUGGAGAAGGAGCUGGAAGCUGUACUGAAGGACACUCUCAAUGGGCUGGAGUAGCUGGACUGCUUCAUGGAUGCUGUGGAGAGGCUGGUGGUCACCUCUGUUUGUAUUUGCUGAUGAAAACCGGUUGUGUCCUCUGCCUCAGGGGAGGGAACAAGCAAGUGUCCGAGCUGUCAUCACCUCCGCUAGAAUGGCCUGUCCUCUCCUCAUCCACUUUAAGAGGGACGCUUCAGCCUUCUUUUCCCCAUGCCUCCUCAAUGUGGAGGUGCUGCACGUGUACUUGGAAAAUUACAUGCACAUCUCUGAGCAGCUUGGUGAGAGAAUGGGAUUGGGAAAAACAGAGAAGAAUGACAACUUGAUGAUUGACACAAGCCCUGAAGUAAAUGAAAAGUCCAUGCAGACCGUGUUUAACCAUUUGCGCUAUUUGAGUGAUAUCAGGGUGGACCAGCACCUCAGACUGACGUUCCUGUUCCAGGAGUCUGCCCUGCGCUUCAUUGGUCUGUUCAGUCAGUGCCACUCCAGAAUGCUGGACUUUAUAAAAGAGCUGGAAAGGAGAGCUGGCAAACUAGAUAAGAUGAAGAAAGGGGGUUAUAUCUCCAGUGUGGCAGGCAGUGCAGUGGGGGCGACCAGAGGUGCUCUGACCAUAACAGGCCUUUGUCUUGCCCCUGUUACUGCUGGGCUGUCACUGGGACUCACCAUCGCAGUGAUUGGAAUGGGUGUGACCAGUGGGGUCAACAGUCUAACCACUGGUGUUACAAAGGUGGCAUUUAAAAGCUACCAAAACAAGAAAGCCAAUACAAUCUUUCAAUGUUUCAUGGAGGACAUGCAAAGACUCCAUGGUAGUCUGGAGAAGGUGGCCAGCAACAUUUGCCCUUUGGAGCCGAAGGUGGUGGCAUUAGUGGUUGGGAAGAAUAUAGGCAAAGGUGGUGCGAGUUUAGGAAAGAAGAUCAAUGGCAUAGUAAAAAAUACCUCUGCAAUAGAGGCCUUAAUGGGAAAAGGCAUGGUUAUGGGUGCAGGCAAGUUGGGACUCCAAGAGGGCAAAACAUUUGCUGCAGAUUUACCUGACAUUGGGAUGUUGGCCCAAGGCACUCCACUCGCCCUCUCUAGGACAUUAAGGCGAUGCGCCGUGGCCUCAAAUGCCCUAUUCAUUGGCCUGGAUAUCAUCACUAUCUGUAAAGACAGUGUCAGCCUUGCCAAAGGCAGCAAGAGCAAGAGAUCCCAGCUCAUCCGAGCCAGAGCAGCACUGUGGCGCACAGAGAUCGACUCAUGUCAGAGGAUCCAUGACUCACUGUGCCGAGGCAUCUGGAGGUUCAGAAAGAGUCAGCGAAUCCUGGAGAAACCCUUUUACCUUGUGAAGGAGUUUGAAAGUCUAGAGCCGCUUGUGCAGAUGAGACUCAUGGAGCAGCCUGAGGAUGAUUUGAAACUCUGGUGCAGCUUAUGGAGGAGACGAGACUCCUGAGGAACCCUAUGGAGGAGACGAGACUCCUGGGGCAGCCUAAGGAGAAGAUAGAAAAGGGUACAAAAGUUGUUAAAUUGAUUUGCCCUUAAACAUGUCACAUACUGUACACAGCAGAUGUUGAAUGAUAUUAUGUACAUGUAUUAGCAAAAAUACUCAAUGUCACGUCUUGGUCUUAGUAUUUUGUGUUUUCUUUAUUUGUUUGGUCAGGCUAGGGUGUGACAUGGGUUAUUGUGGUGUGUUUUUGUCUUAGGGGUUUGUGGGGUGUCUACGUAGUCUAUGGCUGCCUGAGGCGGUUCUCAAUCAGAGUCAGGUGAUUAUCGUUGUCUCUGAUUGGGAACCAUAUUAUUACCAUAUUAUUACUGUGCAUGGUUUUAAAGUUUAUUGGACUUGAGAAUAGAGAAUAGAAGAGAACAUAUUUUUUUAUUAAAUGUAUUUAAGAUUAUUACAAUUUUUAUUCAAACCACCCCUUUAUCUGGGCGGUGUUCAUGUUGUCCAAUAGUCAGAUCUAAAUAUUCUAAAUGUAUUAUAUAGAAGAAACAUGCCUCUCUGACAUGUCAAAUAAAGACUCACUAUCUUUCAGCAACAUAAGUAGAUGUACCAACUGAGCGUAGCUGUUCUACGUCAGAUUCUAGAACUUGUCACACUGUACAUUGAUGUAGUGUAACAAUUUAAAAAUAGUUUAAAAAUAAUUACAUCCACAUUAUAUUAUUGUGAAAAUCUAAUAGGCCUACAGUUAUUUCAACAUGGUUAUUCUAUUUCUGAAUUGUAUAGGCAUGUACUGCCCUGCCCUCUAGUGUCUUUCAGUGUCUUUUACUCAUGUGACAUGUCUUGAUUGUUACCCACUUCAGUUAAGAUAUGUGCAGAUAAAAGUGCAUUAUUUUCUAACUUAGCAAUGUUUAAAUAUCCAUACAGAGUUCAACUGCAGAACUACAUAGAUUUUCAGAAACAGUGAUACUCUCACCGCUUACAGAAGAUUAAUGUAGCCCUACAACUUUAUAAUAUGACAACGGUAAAAUAGCUGUAAUACAUCUGCUAUGAUUUAGCAAAUUAACUUGUGCAGAAAUCUAUUAACCAGAUCGAUCUUUUCAAUAUGGUGUCAUUUUUCAUAGCCUAAGUGCUUUUUGACAAGGAUCGAUGAGUUGUGAGUCCCAAGAUGCUGUUCUGCACACCCACUGCGCCGUUAUUUGCCUGUUUGUGGCCAGCCUGUUAGCUUGCACGAUUCAAGCUGUUUUCGCCCACAGGACUGGCGCAGACUGGAUGUUUUUUUUUGUCGCACCAUUCUCAGUAAACCCUAGACACUGUCUUGAUUGAAAAGCAGAGAAGGGCGACCAUUUCUGAAAUACUCGAUCUGGCGUGCCUGCACUCAAAGUCACUUAGGUCACUUGUUUUACCAUUUCUAAUGAUCAAUCAAACAGUAACUGAAUGCCUAAAUGCCUGUCUUACAUUAUAUAGCAAGCCACGGCCACAUGAGUUACUCUCUGUAGGCACAAUCUUUUUUUCGUGAACCUCGGUGUACCUAAAAACUGGUCAGUAUGUGUAUGUUACAGGUGUAAUUACAGAGCUGGGUCUAAAACAACUGGCCUUACAUUACAGUACAGUAUUAAACCUUCCUCCGCUUAUAGAUUUGUAUGACAAGACAACAAAUAAUGAUUAUAUCUGAGAAUGUAAUUUAUGCCUAUUCUUGAACCAAUCAACAAUUUAAUCCCUUUUAAAUCACAACAGUGGCGACAGAAACGGGAAUAAAAUGUAGUAAAUCCAGAUUUAAUAUAAUAUUAUCCCAUCCUAAAAGCCAAUUUUAUAUUAUGUUCCAGUUUUUCCAGAACAUAAUUUUAAAGUUGUUGAUAAGAUGAAUUUCUCAAUAUACAAUAAACAUAUUUAUCAUACAAAC